CAAAGAAACACCUCCCUGCGCAAAUGGAUGUAAAAAAAAAAGAAAGCGGUAUCUGAUAUAUAAAGAAAGAUGGGAUGACAGCUGCUCUUGCAACAACUUGAGGUUUCACUCUUAGAGCCCUGUCAUACCAUCAGACAGAGAAAUACAACCACAGGUGUCAGUAUGGUGGGUUUAAAGCCAUCUGAUGUACCACCUCCUCUUGGAGUUAAAGUUUUGAGCGCAGGGACAGCUGCCUGCAUUGCUGAUUUAGUCACUUUUCCUCUGGACACAGCUAAAGUUCGCCUGCAGAUCCAGGGAGAGAAAGCCACGACAGGAGCGGCUAAAGGCAUCAGGUACAGGGGUGUGUUUGGGACCAUCAGCACCAUGGUAAGAACGGAGGGGCCGCGCUCGCUGUACAACGGAUUAAUAGCAGGACUCCAGAGACAGAUGGCUUUUGCAUCCAUACGAAUCGGCCUUUAUGACAGCGUCAAGGGCUUCUACACAAGGGGCAAAGACAACCCCAAUGUGGGCAUAAGGAUCUUAGCGGGCUGCACCACAGGUGCCAUGGCUGUGUCCGUGGCGCAGCCCACAGACGUUGUGAAGGUGCGUUUCCAAGCCCAGAUGAACCUGCAGGGUGUGGGACGGCGCUACAAUGGCACCAUGCAGGCUUACAGACAAAUAUUUCAGCUAGAGGGUCUCCGAGGAUUGUGGAAAGGAACUCUACCCAACAUCACAAGAAACGCCCUGGUCAACUGUACAGAACUUGUUUCUUAUGACCUGAUCAAGGAAGCCAUUCUUGGACACAAACUGAUGUCAGAUAACCUGCCCUGCCACUUCACGUCUGCGUUUGGAGCCGGUUUCAUCACCACAGUGAUCGCGUCCCCGGUGGAUGUCGUGAAGACUCGAUACAUGAACUCUCCUCCUGGUCAAUACAAAAGCUCCAUCAACUGCGCAUGGACUAUGAUGACCAAAGAGGGUCCAACUGCUUUUUACAAGGGGUUUGUCCCAUCUUUCCUGAGGUUGGGCUCUUGGAAUGUGGUGAUGUUUGUGUCUUUCGAGCAGCUCAAGAGAGCCAUGAUGAUGUCCAGGAGCAGACUAGAAGAGGCCACAUAGACGAUCAAAACACAAAAUCUAUAUUUUCAACUCAAAGACUUUAAAACCUCUCCAGAACAAAGAUGAAAACUGGAGGAGAUCAUUUCAACUUCUUAAUAUUCAGAUAUGGAAGUUGAAUAGCCAACACUACAGGAUGCUGAAACUCUGAAUGGCAUCACGUUCGCCAGCCUUAAUUUCAAGGCAUUUCUUUCAUGUAAAUUACAUAUUUUUUUUGUAAAUUAUGAAAAAUGCAGAAAUUGAAACCAAUGCUCUGUACCUCACUUUGUGAUGUGUUAAUGUAUAUAAUGUUUGUGUAAUAUUUAUAUUUCUAGUCAUAAAUACUUUUUACCAUAACAUGUAUUUGUUAUACCCUGACCAUAUUCCUGUAAUGGGCCAAAAGUGAGACAGCCUCAGUACUGAUAACCUCAAGAUAUGCAUACACAGCUAAAAACUGGAUUGCCGUCUUUAUAGUGAAGGUGGAAAAUUAAAAUGUGUAUGUACAAUA